AUGGCAUACAAGAGAUCAUAUGGCGGCUCAGCCAAGUCCACGCAACAACAAGAUAACCCGCCAGAAACAAUCAUAAACCUAGACGCCAAAAAGCGAGUUACUGUGCGUAAAUUCAACAAUGUUAAUCUAGUUGACAUUAGAGAGUUCUAUACUGAUGCAAAUGGCGAUCAGAAACCUGGUAAAAAGGGGAUAUCAUUGACUGAAGACACGUAUUACAAGUUGAUUGAUGCUCAUAAUAGGAUUCAACAUGCUUUGGAUGGGUUGAAUGGAGGAGCCGCGUCGAAAAAGGCUAAAAUCGAAAAGAGUGGUAGAGAGGAGUCCGAACCAGUGAAAAAGGAGAAGAAGGACGUAAGGAAGGAGAAGGGCAAUGAUGCUGACGAGAAGGGGAAAGAGAAAUUGGAACAACGUAGAGUAGCCGCAAUUAGUGGUGAAGAGAAAGACGCGGGUGAUUCAGUCGCGAUCGCAGUCGAAGUCGAUGACAAUGAUAAUGCUGAUGGUGAUUUCGUUGCGGGUGAUGAUGAAGGCGAAAAAAAGGAUGAUCGUGAAGAAGAAGAAGAAGAAGUCAGUGAGGCAGAUGAUUAA